CUUUUAAGAUGAACUAGUCAUGGGACGUAAAUCUGGCAGCUCAUCUACGCACCUCUCGUUGUGUAUAAAGUGAUCGUCAACAUUUUGCGUCUCCGACAAGAAUGAUGAGGUUUGCAACGGUUGUUCUCUUAGGGUUGAUGGUGGUCUCCAAGCAACUAUUAGCAGCGCCGGACGUUUUAGAGCUUACAUCUGUACGAGACGAGGCCCGGGAUGCUGUCAUCCUGUUGACAGACGACGUGCUUAAACAAUAUGUCGUGGGGCGCAGCCGGCCAUACACCGUGGUUAUUUUUUUUUCUGCUGAGCAGGUUUCGGAGAGCAACCCAAACCUGCGGUUGGAUGACCUGCGCAAGGAGUACGGCCUCGCAGCCAAAGCCUUUGCAACGGGACCCGAUGCAGACAAGAUUUUCUUUUUUGAGGCGGCCCUGGAAAAGUCGCAGACACCUUUCGCCAUGCUACAAGUCAACUCGCUGCCGUGCGUCGUCCGCAUCCCGCCUGGCCUGUCUGUGGGUGCAUCGACGGUUGAGCUGGGCAAGGGUGAUAAGAUGCUUCCAGACACCGUGGGAACGCGCAACUACCCCUGGCCUGCGGAAACGUUUGUGGAGUUUAUGGGCAUCCGGCACGGCCUCAAGGCUGCCGAGGUUGACCGGCCCAGCAUUUACAAGAGCCCGCUGUUUCCCGUGCUAGUGCUGGCGAGUAUGCUGGCGACGGCAUACCUGAUGUACAAGGUGUAUGCGUUGUCACUGCUUCAGCACGCGGCGAUUUGGGCUGUUCUGUCUCUGGUCGUGUUUUGGUUCUCUGUCAGCGGCGGCAUGUACAACAUCAUCCGGGGCGUGCCGUUCUUCAUCCGCGACCGAAAGGGAAACCUCCAGUUUUUCUUGACCGGCCGCCAGGGCCAGCUGGGCGCAGAGGGCUUCACGCUGGGCUCGUUGUACUUGGUGGUCUCGGGUAGUCUUGCUUUCGUCGCCUUCCUCGCGCCACGCAUCUCCAACCGCUGGUUACGGGACGUGCUCAGCGUAACAGGAGCUGUCUUGGCUGCAGGCUCAAUCUACCAAACGUUCAUGCUGUGGACGAUGAAGACGGGUUAUCAGCACGUGCUACAUGUCUAGCUACAGGGAUUUGGUGUUACAUGCUACGUGUCUCAACUACAAGCAUUUAAUGCUGCGAAAUCCGCAGUUUGUGAUGCUGGCCUAGGCUGCGAAAGGCAGUCCAACCGUCGCAAUAUUCACACUCGACGCCUACAGAGGUUGUAUGGACAGUAAGGCUUUUGCGGCAAGGACACACGAUAUAGCUCACAAAACCGAUUUGUUGAUUGUAUGUUGGUUGGCAAGGAUCAAGAUGCUGUGAAAUCUCCGUGAAUAGCUUCAAGCGCUUUUUACACCCUCCCCAGAGAAGAGGCAUAUAGAAGCGGCAGACACAUGUCCCAUUUGCAACCGACUGUUUUAUACAUGUCUUGACAGAAUGUCUCGUCUCACAUAUUGCACAUGACUUAUAUAAAAGCCUGGUAUG